GGUAUCCCCCCCUUUCCUUUCUCUCUCUCUCUGUCUCUCUUUCAGUCUCUCUGUCUCCCUGUUAUCGCAAAGUGAAUGUGUCUGUCCCCUUCUCUGAGUAUCUGUGGUCUAACUCUCCGCUCUCUGUGUGUGGGCGGAAGGAGCAAGUCAAGCUAACUAUUCCCUCUCUCUGUCCCCCUGUUAUAGGAGUCUCUGGGGGAAGGCGGAGCCAGCAUCCAGGGUGGCCCGGUGGAGGAGAGGAAGGAGAAGGUGCCCAGCCCUCACCUCAGCCAGCUGGUUGUUCUGACAGCCAGUGAGACACUCUACGGCCUGGCCCAGAGGCUGGUCGCAACAGAGUCACUGGUGUUUCUGGCCGAGCAGUUUGGGUCCCUUCAGUCUCACCUGGAUACUAUGAUGCCUGCAGCCAAGAAGCCGUUCCUCCAGCAGUUCUACUCACAGACUGUCUCCACGGCCAGUGAGCUACGUAAACCCAUAUGCUGGGUCGUGGCGGCCAAGGCUUUAGACUACGAACAGAUGCUGCUGCUGAUGGCUGCAGUUAAGUGGGACAUUAGGGAGAUAAUGUCGCAGCACAAUGUGUACGUGGACGUCCUGUUAAAGGAGUUUGAGGAGUUUAACAAGAGGCUGGGUGAUGUGUCCAGACACGUCCGGGUCCCUCUGCCUGUGUCUAACGUCCUGUGGGAACACUGCAUCCGUCUGGCCAACAGGACUCUGGUGGAGGGCUAUGGUAAUGUAAAGAAGUGCAGUACUGAUGGGCGGCCUCUGAUGCAGCUGGACUUCCAGCAGUUCCUGAUGAAGCUGGAGAAGCUGACAGACAUGAGGCCCAUCCCUGACUGAGAAUGACAUGGAGCAGUUCAUCAAGAACCACAGGGAGUACUCCAUGAAGCAGCUGGCCAACCUGGUGCACGUGUGUCUGGGCUCUCACAUAAACAAGAAGGCCUGGCAUAAACUCCUGGCAGCCAUCGACGACAUCGACAGACCAAAGCGAUAGAGACAGACAGGCAUGGUUAUUGUAUUUAAGGUGGCUUCUAAACAUGAGGCUCAAUUUUAGAAUGCCGAGGGUUAGAAUCCUCACAAACCCAACAGGAACAGAAAAGAAGCAAUGAAACAAGAACUUCUGCUUAUAAAUACACUCAUACAAGCAUGUUUCAGUUAUCUGACUAACUCACUACAUAUAGGCUACAAUUCUACAUGCCCCUCGUGGAUAUCCAAUAUCCACAAACAUGCUGCUUACAGUUUCACUGUGUUUUGUAAGUUACCACAGAGAUGCUCCAUUCUCCUGUUCAUCGUGAAUAGAGUGUACAUGUUUAUGAGGAAGGACUCUGGGUUUUUAAGAUAAACUACUUGAAAUGCUGAAUGAUACUCCAUGACGUUUUAUUUUUCUCCUACUGUUUGUCUAUAGCAUAAUGUGCUUCUGUAAACAGCUCAGGAGCAACGUUGACCCUGGGGAAAAACUGAAUCGUUUAACAUUUUCUUUUUGACUAUAAUGUGACAGAUAUGGCUGAGUUGAGAAAACAGACACUUUUCCAUAGAAAUCCAGAUAGUGUAUUUCUCCAGGUAUAACAUGCACUCACAAACACAGUUUCUGAAAAAGCAUGGUAUGUUAAUUGAAGUACUUCCCUUUCAGGUUACGCCUAUGGAGACAUCUGGUCUAGUGCCCUUUAAAUGUCCAUUAAUGAUGUUGAUGAUGAUGAUGACAGCACUGUUUUUUUGUGUUGUUCCAGUGGUGUGGGAUGAAGUCACCCCAGACACUGAGCUUCGGUCAGUUUUGCGUUUCCCCCACUAAUGGUUAAGGUUAGGAUUGGGGGAGCGAAAGCUGAUCCUAGAUCUGUACCUAAGGGUAUCUUCACCCCUGAGCUUGUUCCAGUCCAGGACUAUUACUGUACCUGGGCUGUUUGUUAUGUCCAAAAAUGAUUUAUCCUGAUACACCAAGUUAAAAUUAUAUGUUGUCAUCUUGUCUCUAAUAAAAUGUUCUGUUUUACACUGAGUGCACAAAACAUUAUGAACACCUGCUCUUUCCAUGACAUAGACUGACCAGGUGAAAGCUAUGAUCACUUGUUAAAUACACUUCAAUCAGUGUAGAUGAAGGGGAGGAGACAGGUUAAAUAAAACAAUUCAGACAUGGAUUGUGUAUGUGUGCCAUUCAGAGGGGGAAUGGGCAAGACUUUGCUCGGUUUUUCAUGCUCAACAGUUUCCUGUGUGUAUCAAGAAUGGUCCACCACCCAAAGGACUUCCAGCCAACUUGACACAACUGUAGGAAGCAUUGGAGUUAAAAUGUGCCAGCAUCCCUGUGGAACGCUUCAACACCUUGUAGAGUCCAUAACCAUUCAAUAUGUUCAAAGUUAACAUUAUACACAGUGUACAAAACAUUAAAGGCACCUUCCUAAUCUUGAGUUUGCCUUUUUUAAGGGCCAAAGGCGGUAUGCAACUCUGCAACUCAAUAUUAGGAAGGUGUCUUUAAUGUUUUGUACACUGGGUAUAAUGUUGAUUUUGAACAUAUUGAAUGGUUAUAGAUGAUAUACUAGGUCUAACGUGCAUCCGCUGCACUGGUUUAGUUCCUAGUCAUAUCAUAAGAAGGAGUUUAAUUGUCCAAACACACAACCUCCACCAUUGUCUCUGCAUCUCUCCUUGUGAUAAGAUGAGGAAAAAUAGUAGUUUUUGACACCGAAACAACGUAAAUGAUUCAAUAGUUUUUUGUUGCAUUACGGUUCCAAGAUGAUAAUGUAAAUGUGUAAAACAUACGUUUUAUUUCUGUUGUGUCACUUUGGAUUCCAGACUUUUUAUACACGAUAAGUACUGGAAGUGUGCUAUCUGUUUACUGGCGGUACGCUGUAUCUGGUUGUCAAAUGUAAAAUAAUAUAAAAUAAACUACAUUAUGA